AUGGCGCGUUCCGGCAUCGCCAGCAGAGCCAUGCGCUUUGACGAAUACUAUCGAUGCUACCCGAUCGUCAUGGCGCCGGGCGCUGAGCGUCCUGACCUCAACUACGGCUCCAAGAUCUUCCUACCGCAAUCCGCUCUUAACAAGAUCUCACGCCUGCAUGUCCAAUGGCCCUUGACCAUGGAGCUCGUCAACGGCGACAAGGAGAAGCAUACACACUGUGGUGUACUCGAGUUCACCGCUGAGGAGGGUCGCGCGUACCUGCCACAAUGGAUGAUGCAGUCUCUGCUGCUCGACGUUGGUGACAUGGUCCAGAUAAAGACGACGUCCUUGUCCCCGGCCAAGAUGGUCAAGCUGCAGCCGCAGUCGGUCAACUUUCUGGAAAUCAGCGACCCCAAGGCAGUCCUCGAGCACGCAUUCCGCAACUUUGCCACUCUGACGAAAGGCGACGUAUUCAACUUUAAGUAUAACGACGAAGUUUACGACAUUGCCGUUCUAGAGGUGAAGCCUGUAACAGAAAAGAUGGGUGUCAGUAUGAUUGAGACUGAUGUCUCUGUCGAGUUUGCGCCGCCUGUUGGCUACGUUGAGCCAGAGAGACGUGCAGGCAGCGGUACGAGCACACCGAGGAGUGGCAAGGGUGGAUUGCCUACUGGUGGUCUGCUGCACAGCCAGGGUACAAUGGCUCAAGACAUCAACUAUGAAGCUAUCAAGCCAAGCGGAACGGCCGCAGCUGCUGGCGCCAGGGCUGUUUCAUCACACUUUAUCAGCGAGGGACACAAGCUAAAUGCCAAGAAGGGCGCAAAGGCGCCCACUCCUAAACCAUCGACGCCAGUCGCAGGGACAUCCUCAAACCAGCCACCUCAGCCGAUUCGUAGGACGAAUGGACCAAUGCCACUACGCCUUCCCCCCAACAAACUCUUCUUUGGUUAUGAUAUCAAGCCAGUCAAGACAGAUGCCGACAAGGAAGCAGAGAAGGAAAAUGACAACAGGCCACACUUUGCUGGUCAAGGUCAAACCCUUAGAGGAGGUGCCGUUAAGCGCAAGGGAGAGCCAGACGACAAGGCAAAGGCGGAGAAGAAGCCGGACGCGGGUGGCCGUAGAUUGGAUGGGCGCAAGGCAUGA